AUGGCCGUCAACCAAAGCGAGGCUCAGCAAUUCUCUAUCCCGCUGCCACGAUCACUCGACACGCGCAUCCAUCUACGCCUGUCGACGCGCGCCAAAGCCAUUGUUCUCUCACUCGCUACGGCAUCUCAGGACGAUGCUGCUUCCACGGCCGCCAUGGGCUCCUUCGUCUAUGCGUUGCCCAAUAGAUACGAUGCAAAUCAGCCCUUAUCCACCAUCCUCUUCUCGAAUGAGUCUACCUUGGAAUUCACAACCCGUCUGGCCAAGCUCCUCGCACGGAGGACAGGCCUGCCGACGUACGUGACCAACUCGGUGAGCUUUGCCAAUGCGGGGAUGGGAGGCACGGUGGAGGAGGAGAUGGAGGGCUUCAAGAACAUCGUAGAUGUCACCCUUGCCAAGAUCCAGGCUGCAGGCGUCGGGGCAGGGGACAGGAAUGGGAUUUCGUCUUCUUGA